AUGAACUUUGACGACUUGGACGAGGUUUUAGACAAGCUUGGCCCGAUUGAAAUGUGGGAGGAGGACCAUGGAAAAAAAAAGCGCGUGAUCUCGCAUUGUCGGGAACGAUUUGAUUUAGGUGUUCCAACGAACGGCGAGGAGGCGAUGGUGACGAGCGAGCUUUUGGUCGCGAAAGCGAUCAUGGAAACGAUGGAGAUGAAAAGUGAUUUGGAGAAGAAGAGGAGAGGGGCGAUUGUGGAGAUUCCGGAGGAGAAGUGGACGGCGAUGGAGAAAGCGGCGAGUCAAUUUGAAUCCGACGUGUUGGUGAACAGCAGGGAGAGAGGGAUUGGGAAGUAUAUCGAUUUGAGCGCUACUGGGAUGCGGUUGAAGUACGCCAGGUUUGGAGCCGAAGGGUGCGACAAAGUGGUGUUUAUUUUACACGACACCGGGGAGAACGGGGAGUCGUAUUACGGAUUAGCGAAGCAGAUACAAGAGAAAGGAGGGUUUACGGUGUAUUGCGUGGAUUUUAGAGGACACGGCGAUAGCACGCAUUCGCGGGAAGGACAGUACGACGUCCCGUCGUUCGUGGCGGAUAUAGAAUCGUUCAUCGUCGAGUUGGAUUUGUAUGCACACCCGGUUGCUUUAGUUGGUUUUGGUUUAGGCGCGAUCAUCGCGGCGGCGUUUGCUGGAGAGCACGAACACUUGGUCGCCGGCCUGACUCUGAUCGAGUCGCACCCGAAGUGUCGAGAAGACGCGGUGGCAUUUCAUAGGUUCCAAAACGUCAUAUUCGGGUCUUUGCGAGAAGCAGUAACGUUUGAAAUCGCACCCAUUUGGCCUGAUAACGAGAGACGAAACGGGAAACAGUGCAUUAAACGCAUGCUCUCUAAAUUUCGGAAACCUAAAGGCGACGAAGUCACCGGCGUCAUGAAGUUAUUCAGCCAAAACAUGGCGAAAUACGAGUUUCGCAUCGACCGUAAAUUCUUAUUCAAAGUCCCAUCCGCGGACGAAUACGUCCGAAUUCUGGAAAACGUUAAGUGUCACGCCUCAGUUUACCGAGGCGAGCACUCCGAGUUCAUGGACGAAAAGGAUCUCCAGGACGUCGUGUCCGCCUUGCGCCGGUAUUCGAAGAAAGUCAUCCGCGGCAAAUCCAUCCCGGACGCCUCCCACUACGUCUUCGAAGACCAACCAGCUACUCUCCGCGACUACAUCCUCCACUCCCUCCUCAUCUCCGAACCAGACAUGAUUGUCGAAAACAACGCCUCGCGCACGCCAGAGUUCCUAAACUUGAAGCCGUUGCCGAAAUACGCCACCGUCGAGGACGCCGUCCGAGCUUUGAAACCGAGGAAAAUCCCAACCGAAAAAGACGUCGAAGACGCUUUAAAGAAGUUAAAGGAAGAGUGUGGUGGAAACGUCGACUGUUCCUCGGACGAAGAAAGCGAGGAGGUGAAAAUGAAUCGAAAGUACUCCACCGCGUUGGCGAAUAACGAUUCGCAGUAUUUCGGAAUGGUUGGUUGA